AUGAAGUCAGAAAGAAUCUCCUAUAUGACAUGCAAGGAUAAUUUUGUACAAGAUGAAUUCUAUUCUGUGUUCUAGUUUGAUUCAUAACGUAUUUUAUCUGAUAAUAUAGAAAAUAGUCAAUGUCGACCAACUAUAUAUAUUCGACCAUAAUAAAGGAAUAGGAACACCAUAUAAUUGAGGAGUAUUCAGGAAUCAUGUAUGGAUCCUUUGCUGAAUAAUGGAACCUAAUUAUCUGAAUUGGUGCCUAGAAAAAGAUAGGUGGUUCCUAUUGGACAAGUAAAGAGGAAUCGAAUAGAAACCUUGUUAUUUAGAUCAAGACCUUAAAAGAAGAAGUCUUAGGUAGAAUGUUCUUUAGAUACUUCUGCUGCAUUGAUUAAAUUGAUGAAUAAGAAUAGAUGGAUUAGAUAUUUAAUGAAUUUCUAUAUAUGGUUGAAUAUUGGGUUAAGAAUAGGGUAUGUGGCUAUAGUUAUAUUUUAUGUAAUAUAAAAUGAUUACAAUAAUCAAGUAGAAGAUGAAAAUAGUGAAGAGAUUAUGACAUAAUUUUAUUGGUGGAUUCCUGGGUCUUUUAUUGGAAUCAGAGUAAUAUUUAUAUUGAUAAUCUAUAAAUUAUUAUGUGUAGGAGAAUAAACUAGAGAUCCUAGGAUUAAGAUUGUUUUUGAUACUUAUGAGGCUUGGUUUAAUAAGACAAAUAAUGAAAGGGAUCAAUUAUUGAUGAAAUGCAAUUUGAUGGUUAUUAGGAAUAGAUAAGACGAAUUGGAAUUAAGAUAACUUUAACAAAAAGUAAAUUCUUUAAAUCGAUGGCUUUUGAUGCUUAAAACAUAUAUUGUUUUAAUUCCCCCUGAAUGUUAAUUCAUAUUUUUAAAAUAAAAAAGCAACGGGUUUUUUUAGGUGCAAAAUUUUAUUAUGAAAUCAUUAGAAAUACUUUUCUUUACACCUUAAUUGAUGUAUUUCUUAUUAAUAGAAGAACCUUUAGAUUUGGAAUUAGAUCGUUUGGCUGCAUAUGAUAUUAAUAAUAUCUGUUUAUUAGUACUCUUAGCUGAUAUCAUAUGCUUUGUCUUUAUGACAUUAUUACUAUUAUGUUUGGGAAACAAUAGAAAAUAUGUUAAUAAUUUAAGAACAACUUGA